ACCGCUGACUCUCAGGGCUGUUUAAGCCACAACUUUGACAAGUGCGGCAGCUUCAUGUAAUCACCUCUUCUAAAUGGAAUAAAGACGACGAUGGAUCUCUUCUGGAGGAAUAUAUUCUUUACUUUAGUAUUCACAGGUGAGUGCUGAAGGACUUUUAAGGACUUUGAAUCUUUCGUUCUUACAGUUUCUCCAUCCGGACACUAAAAGGAUGCAACUAUUGCCGAAAAAAGCGAAUAUUUUAUCCCGUUUUCACAAGAUUGCAACCCGUAAUGUACUUCAUAUGUUUCUAUGGUUUGGGAAGUGGAGUUUCAGGCACUUUUAACACAUCUGAAGAGAACCAGAUGAGUUAACGCUAACUUUGCUGUCGCUUUCAAUGUUGAGUCCGUUCAGAGGUGAUUUUAUUUUGAUAUAGAUUUUCCGUAUUCUCCCAUCAAAUGCAUAAUCCAUAAUCAAUCACAUGUAUGAAAGACUGAUUGUUAUACAGUGCAGCACAUGGCUCAUAAUGGAGGCAGCAUGUAUGUUGCUUUGAGUCUGCACCAUAACCUCUGAAGCUUUCAGGCAGCAGCCAGGCUUUUAAUAAUCCUCCUGCAGCCUUUGCGCAUUACCCAUUUCUGAAAAUGAGAGGAAAUAUGAGUGUGUUGUGGGGUUUGCAGAGCCCCAAGAGGGGGCAAAGUGCUACUCUGUGCUGCAGGUAAACAGGCGUGGCUGGAGCCAGCGUUAGUGAAGGUCUCCUGAGUCCAGCACCCAUCCACAUUCCUCUGGCUGCUGAUUGAGGGGAAGGCAGGCUGAGAGCUGCCUGUACAGGCUUGUGGCUCUGAUACAGCAUCAAGGCUCACUCAGAUAAAUUCCAUAUCCUCAGGGGGGGUUUAAAGGCCUGUGUCAGAGAGGUAACUUUUCCGGGCGUGCCAUUUAAAUGGAUGCAGUUUGUAGUGCUUGAUUAAUGUUCUUCACCUCUAGUGGAGAUUUCUGAGUGGGCUGCCUGGUCUGCAUGAGUCAAGCUGAUGUGGUUGUUAAGUGUUCAUGAUUCAGCCACAAAAACUACCUAAAUAUAAAGGAGGGAGUUAGGGUUUAACAGAACCUGAAACCUGAGUCAUGGCAACACUGAAGCGAUUCACUUAACAUUCCAGAGAUGUACACUGAUUAUGAAGAUGUAGUUGUAUUUUAUGGCAUGUUUGGUGUUCAACUGCUCAUCAUAGAUGAAUAAAUAGUAAACACAGUGGUGAUAUUCAUUCAUUUUCUACCGUUUAUUCCCGUUGGGGGUCGUGGGGGGCCGGAGCCUAUCCCAUUAUCUUCUGGCGAAGGCAGGGGACACCCUGGACAAGUCGCCAGUUCAUCGCAGGGCUGACAUAUAGAGACGAACAACCAUCCAUGCUCACAUUCACACCUACAGGCAAUUUGAAAGUGGCCAAUUAACCUAACCCCACUUCUGCAUGUUUUUGGGAUGUGGGAGGAAAAUGGAGUACCUGGAGUAAACCCUUGCAGACACAGGGAGAAUGUGCAAACUCCACACAGAAAUGCCCUGACUUGAAUUCGAACCCAGGACCUUCCUGCUGCGAAACGACAGUGCUAACCACUACACCACUGUGCUACCUGUGGUGAUAUUCUGAUUACAAUUUUCUAAUCUCUUGUCUUUCUCCCAUCAGCUGACAGAAUCCUGCACUCACAGUCUUUCAACGUCGGCACAUCAGGUGCAAAAAUUUUCAGCGGACCAGCAGCGGAAGAGUUUGGUUACACAAUCCAACAAGCAACAAACCAUGAAGGCAAAUGGUAUGGAUCAAGUUAUUACUUCAGACAUGUCACAAAUAGAAGAAGAGUGGUUGGUAUUGGUGCAAUCAUGCUGUACUCUCCAGGAUCUUAGACUGAAUUGCUAAAAUUGUGUGCUUCAGGUGCUGUAGCUUUCAAAUGAUGUCCAGUAAAUCCUUACUAAGUUGAUAUUGCUGUCUUAUUUCAGUGAAAAAAGAAAUUCCCUGUGGUGUAGAUACUCAUUAAGAGGGCUUAUUUGGUUGAUAGUAGGAGUAUCCAUCUUAUAACUAAAGGGCUGUUGCUGUAAAAGUGAUACACCCAGUUAUCAGCAGUGUCUGAGCUUUCAGUGGCAUGUAAACAACUCUCAAAACUAUCACCCACAACCCGGCUGCUGGCGGCAGACAGCACAGAGUUAGGAGCUUGUCUUUUAUGUAGAAAUAAGAUUUAAACCAUCAAUUUGUUGUGAUAGACAGCACAGUAGACAAAUUUACUCAUUUUUUCAUCACCUUAAACCUCUUGUAAGGAUCUUUUGAAUUGUGUUCAUAUUGCGGCUCCCCUGUUGACAAAGCAGUCUUUGCUAAUCUUGUCUGAUACAUGCGUACAGUAUGUAGUGUCUUCUGACAUGAGAUCUAAUUAUUUUGACUUUUGACCUUCAGAUUUAUAAUUUAUUGGCACAAUUUCAUGAGGAAAGUGUAAAAAACAGUUAGUUUCUCCAGCUGUUUGUCUGACACCUACCUUCCACACAAGUUUCAGGCAUUUAGAAAAACAAUACAAAGAUUCUACAUUUUGUUGCUGACAACCUUAUUUUCUUUUGUACAUCAUAACAAAGGCAUGGGUAGGAACUUCUGUCUAUUCCAUAUAGGUUAAGAAACUUAACACAGGAGCUUUAAGCUUUAAAGUAAACUUAACGGCAUGAAAAUUGACAUGGCACUGAUGGGUCAGUCUGUCUGCUACUCGAUCCACCACUUUGGCAGAAGCGUGAGUGUGAUCCAUAAACUGAGGCGACAGUCCUCAUCGCAGAGGUUACCAGUUUGACUCCAGGCCAUGACCCUUUGCUACAUGUCCUCUCCUACUCUCUACUCCCUCCAUUUCCUGUCUAUCUUUAGCUGAUCUAUCUGUCUUAAAAAGGCAAAAAUGCCCUAAAAAUACAACAACAACAAAAACACCACUUUGUUCCAGAUUGAAAUUUCCAGGCAACAAAUGGAUAUUAAUAUAUAGUUUUACAGAGUUAAAGACAAUCCUGGAUGAUCUUUAAAAAAAACUAUGAUUCCUCUGUGAUAGAUAGGCACGUGUAUCCCACCUCUUACCAAAUGAUAGCUGGGAUUGGCCCUAGUCUUGCGUAACCCUAAAUGGGAUAAGCAGCGUAGAUAACAGAUAAAUGGAUGGAAAAAAAAAACUCCACGCUUAGUUUUGUCUGACAAGUUACAACCUGUAUAUGUGUCACACAAACAGUCCUGUGUUGUUUAAAGCCUCUUACACUCCGCCUGCACUUAGUCGUAACAUUAAGUUAAACAGUAACUAAACUCCUCAGUGAUGUCUAGAUGUUGUCCACUCUGAGUCACAGUCUCGUAGAGUCACUCUCUGUCUGUAGGAGUGUCCUGUUUGCGUAACAGGGGGAAUUGUACUGAGUGUGAUGAUGGUCUCUGUGGCUGCAUUCCCACUUAGAUAUCCAUGAGAAAGCAAUAGUGAUGCAUCCUGUUUCCUGUCGUCUAACUUAGAAAGAAGACUGAGGUGUUCAGUGUCUUCUGCCUUGUUGGACACUGUGGGAAAACAGCUGUUUUAAAGAGUCCAGAACUUAUUUUUGAGUCGAGGGGUAAAACAGUUUUGUAACUUGUGCUUUUUCAUUUUAACUUUGAUGUUUACAUCUGAAGCAACUGCAUGAUUAUGAAAAAGCGGCGCCUGGAGGGAAGUGUUUAAAGGGUCUGUUGUGACAUGUUGUCACUUGCUCAGGUUAAGACUACCCAAACCAGGUGUUUGAUAAUAGAGGUUAAUUUUUAUUUACAUUUGUAUUGCUUUCGGCAACAACAUUACUCCAGUAAAAUGUGGCUCCUGUUUUUUUAAAUGGGCUUAAAGCAGAAAAAACGUUAUUUUUUUUAUAACAAGUUUAAGUCUGUUGAUAAAAGUCUGAAGUUACUUUGGUGUUUAUGAGAGUUCUGAAAAGAUGACUCUUGGUAAUGUCUGCAGGCUCCUGGUCAGUGCUCCGUGGAGCGGCUACAGUCAAAACAGGAAGGGGGAUGUUUAUAAGUGUCCAGUCUCAGGGCACCGAAACAGCUGUGACAAACUCAAUCUUCAAGGUAAGGUUUGUUGUGUUGUUGUCUAACCUUUGACCCCUCUACCAAAACAAUUGCAUGAUACUUGAAAUGCUUAUUUGGAGCUAAAUAAGAUUGAGCUCAUGUUGAAGCAUUACUUUGAGGUGCUCUUUGGAUUAAAGCUCCUGUCAGGAAUUUUUGGUCUGUGUCAGCUUUGGCUCCCCAUGUAGACAAAGCAGUCCUUGCUUAACUGCUAAACGCUUGAGUCGUGACAUCUAGCAUAAGUUCUCAUCCUGCUGUUUUUUGACAGUCAAAUGUAUCAUUUGUUGUGUAAAUUAUGAAAACAGAGCUUUCCUGUAGCUGAUUGAUGGACACCUAUCCCCUCACACUGAUUCGAUACAUUAAAAAUGACAUUAUAAAAACAGUGAAUUUUGGCCCUAAUGGUCUUGUUUGCUUUUGUUUGUCAUAAAAUCGCAUCAGUAUGAAUUUCAGUCUGUUACAUCAACAUUAACAACCCCUUACAGGAGCUUUAACAUGCACUCAAUGAUAAGAACAAACACAAAGAUGAUCUCUGUUGACUUUUUUGACUCCCUGAUGAAAACUUGUGCUGAUAUAAAUAUAUUUAAAGGUCCAUGUCAUCACAGAAGAAAGGCCUUCUAAUAGUCUAAAAAAGCGAGUGCUUUUUGAGUCUUUUUGUGUUUUAUAACUGGAAUCUGUAAUGAAAUGCUGAAACUCUUUGUUUUUCUUCGUCCACAGAUUCUGUUAGUAUCCCAGAUGUUAAAAACCUCAAUGGCAACAUGAGUUUGGGUCUGACUCUCACACGGAUGCCUUCAGUCAGUGGUUUGUUGGUACGUUUUGGUGCAAUGAUACAAUCUGACACCCUUUUUCCGUGACGAAGAGAUUGCAUGUUUUUUUCCUCUUCAGAUCUUUUUGGUUUUGUUUAACUAUUUGCUUUGAUGAAACUUUUUGGUAAUACAAAGCCUGCUUUCAAGGUUGGGACUGUUGAUCUAGCCCAUGGUUAUAAGUGUCAGAUAAUGUUAUUGACAACAAACUUAAAUUCAAUGGAAAAUACAGAAGCAGUCUGACAAAAAAAACAAGCCUGGUGAUGUCUUUACUUCCCCCUGAAGCUAAACUAGUUUUGUGUGUGUAACAAAUUGAAGACACCAUUUCACAUCUCAGUGGUAGAGUUUGUGCUUAUCUUUGGUUUUAUCACCUGGUUUGGUAAUCUCUCAAUCUGAGACAAGAACAAGUUGAAGCUCAUCAAUCAUUUGAAGUGCGUGUAAGAUCAUAGGAAUCAUAUCACUUUUUUAAAAAGAUCUACAGCUCUCUGACAGUGUCCUUUACACCCACUGUGUAGUGGCUUAAAGUUCAACCCCCCUCAAAAAUACUGUGAUUACAAGACGGUCCAAACAUGGAUACAGUCUAGAAUUUGCUAGAGGUCAUUUAAAGUCAGAGGGAAGUGUGUCGGUGGCUCAGGUAAUGUUAUGCUUUUCUAGUGUUCAAUAAGAACAAUCACCACAUGACUGCUGAUGGUUUCAACUACCAGCAAAUAAACUUUUACAUGAAGUGUCAUAAAAACUGUUUUUAAGGGUUUUUUCCCCCCUGUGGUCUCCUGAUACAGAUGUGCGGUCCUCUUUGGGGACAACAGUGUGGAAAUCUGGAUUUCUACCCUGGAAUAUGUGCAAAGCUGAGCCCGAUGUUUCAGCCUCAACCUGCCUUCUCUCCUGCCGUCCAGAGUAAGAUCUGUCACCUCUCAUCAUGGGUCCUUCAGCCAGUUUAAUAUUGUUCAAAACACAUUAAUUAUUUCAUUAAUUAGAUUGAUUAAUCCAGAGUAUUUAAACUAACACAAAAACACUGCAUCACUCACUGGAUGUCUCCUCUUGUGCCAAUCCAAGCAUGUGGAGGACCUAUGGACAUUGUGAUUGUUUUGGACGGCUCCAACAGCAUUUACCCGUGGGAGCCGAUGACCUUGUUCCUCCAGAAACUGAUACCUGCAUUGGAAAUCGGGCCGAGUAGCACACAGGUGACAUGAAUCCUCUUCGUCUGUCUUAAUCUUGAGUAACUUCAUGGGGUUGUUUUUUUUUGUCUGGUGGUCAUUACUGACAGCUUCACACCAUUUUUCUCUUGAUCCAGGUCAGCGUCAUCCAGUAUGGCGUCGAUCCCGUGUUUGAAUUCAGACUGAAUGAGUAUAAAACCAAAGAUGAGGUGGUCGCUGCGGCGUCCAGGAUUACUCAAGUGUAUGGAUCAUCAACCAACACCUUCCGUGCUAUUCGCUACGCCAGGUUAGUCCUGCACUUAUAUUCCCAAACAGAUAAUACUACAUACUGUAAGCUUAUUUAUGUACUUUUUUGGUGUUUGAUUGUAUGAUUGUUGUCUCAGUUUCUUAAUUUUUGCCUCUUUAAAAGUUUUCCUAUAAAUUAAGUAAUAAGCUAUGGUGGCCCUGAAGGUCAAUUGCACCAGUUCAUAAACACGAAGUACCUUAGACUACCAAAAACCCUUUAACAAAAUGUGAAAAUAUUUGAUUAGUGACACUGAAAAACAUUUUUAAAAAAGCAAAAAUAGCAACUGAAGAAAAAUGAAUUUUGUAAAAAAGCAGAAAUGUUUUCUAUAAUGUGUAAAAAGAUUUUAUGAAAUGCAGAAAAUACAGAAAAAGUAUUCCACAAGAUGCAAAAACACACACCACUGAAAGGUUUCAUGGGACAUCGAGACAUCUCACUAAGUGGAAAAAAAUUUUUGUGAAGUACUUUUUGAUUUCUUGAAGUAUUUUUGAGUUUUUUGAGAUGUUUGUGCAGACCUCAGGGCCACCGUGAUAGUCAAAAAAAGCAUGAUUUAAAGCCACAGAAACUAACUCGAUAGUUCAUCUCUUCAGUCUGUGGGGUUUCGAUAAAAGUAGCGGCGGUCGGCCUGGUGCUGCCAAAGUGAUGGUGGUCGUCACUGACGGAGAGUCUCAUGAUAAGGAUCUCAGGGAAGAAGUCAUCGCUGUGUGUGAGAAAAGAGGCAUCACCCGCUUUGGCAUCGCUGUGAGUUAUUUCCUUCCGUUCAUUUUUAUUUAAAAAAGGAAAGAAGUUCUUAAGAAAAGAGAAGUACAUCAACUCAGAGAUAAACAGAGCCUGACUCCAGGACUUUGUUUACAGGUGCUGCAUUUAAUCAUGUCUUAAAAGCAUUCAUUGAUAUUUCAGACAAGUCUUUCUGGGCAAACAUAAGUAAAACUUUAUGAUCUCCAUCUAUUUAGCAUGUAUGUUAUGGCUUACCAUUUUUUGACACUUCUUAGUUUCAUAGCAUUUGAGAGCUUUUUUAGGUUCAUUUUUAAGCUAAGUGUCAUUACAAAGGCGCCUUUUCUCCUUUCUCAGUAUUAUGUGGUAUCCCGCUUUCUUCACAGGUCUUGGGUUAUUACAACAGAAACAACAUCAACACAAACAACCUGAUUGCAGAAAUCCAGUCCAUUGCUAGUAAACCCACAGAGAAGUACUUCUUCAACGUGUCCGAGGAGGCGGCUCUCUCCACCAUUGCUGGAACACUGGGGAACCGCAUCUUCAACAUUGAAGGUGCAUCCUAUUUUUUUUCUCUUUAAGCUGCAUGUUCGAACAAUCUGCUAACUAGAGUCAUACAAGCAUGUCUCAGCAUGUCUGUCAGAGGUGAUGAUCCAAAAAAUACAUCUGCAGUUUUUUUUUCCUCCCCUGAUUUUGAUUCUGGUGUUUACAAUCUGUUCUUCUCACUCAAGGCACCGGUAAAGGGGGAGACAACUUCAAAAUGGAGAUGUCUCAAGUGGGAUUCAGCGCACACUACUCCAGCCGACAGGUACAGAGUGCUGCCAUGUGUGUUACUGAAAGUUUGUGGUUUGCAGGGCAUGUUUGGCUUUUCCUGCAGGAGAAGCUGAAGCACAGGGCUUCUGUGAUACUACAGAGUGAAAAGUAGAAAACACAAAAGCUCCAAGACCAAACACGGCACAUGUGAACACCCCACACAUUCACCUUUAUUUGAUUUCUGUCAAGGCUCAGUAAUGUAGUUUCCUGUAUUCAAAAUGUCUCAUGUCAUCAAGAGCUGUGGACUUGUUGUGGUAAUUUGCAACUUUAAUGAAAGCAAAGAGGAAGCUGCAGCUUUUUUUGUGUUGCCACUAAAUGUGGUUUGUUUGUUGAAGCAUAUCUGUCAAGUAUUUCCUUUUGGCCUGGAAAGUACCGCAUUUAGCCCCUCUUUCCCGCCAUCUUCCCCUAUUAGUAUUCUACCGUAAAUCUCCUGUAUUAUAAUAUAUGUAUGUAAAAAAAAAAGCAUUAUUCUGCCUCUCCAAACUGAACUCUGUCACUAGCACACACCAACUAGUAGCAGCGAGUUAUCAUCUGUGACCCCCCACCCCACCCCCCGCUUCCUGCACUGAUCAGGGGAGGGGGGACUUGACAAGUAUGUGUUGAAGAAGAAGAAAAAAUAAAUGAACAAACAAACAAACAAACAAAUAAAUAAAUCAAAAAAGUAUGUGUUGAAGAUACAUCUGUGUACAUCCUCUGCAGUUGACAACAUGUAGUGUUUAUUUCUGGCAAUUUUAGCUUGUUUCAAGCUGCUCAGUCUAUAGCCCACACCAAAAAUACAAAUCCUGUGACUUAUGAGUAUUUCUAUUGACCGGUGUCUGACCUGUUCUGUUGCAGGAUGUAAUGAUGCUGGGAGCAGUGGGAGCUUACGCUUGGAGUGGGACCGUCGUCCAUCAAAAAGGGUCGACUGUUGACAUUUUGCCUUUGUCAGCCUUUGAGGCAACGCUUCAAGACAGAAACCACAGCUCAUUACUGGGUAUGCUUCUACACUGAUCUUCCUCAUUUUUAUUAACAUCUCUGGAUUCUGGAUAUUGUUUAACAACCUGGAGUGGAAUGACUGUGAACUAUUCAGCUGCUCUUCACUGAACAUCCUUGUGUAACAGUAGCAGCUGCUUUAGUCAUGCAGCCAUGCUGGUGCUUGUCGGGGUUUUACUAUUGUGAGCUUUCUGCAUGCAAAAUGAGAAGUGCAACCCUGCAGGUGCAAAAACAUAUAGAGAUAGAUAUAAAUGUUAAUUCACCUAGCCUCACCAGAAGUGUAAAACUUAUGCUUAAGCAUUCGUUUUUAUUGUAUUUAUUGUAUUUUCUUAUGAAUUUCAUUCCCACUGAUGUGAGGUACGUCUUAGAGAGCUUUCAUACGUGUAUCUUGCUGCAUAAUCUCCAGUUACGGUUAAGCCCAUCUUUUUGCCUGCAUCAGAUUUGGUAGACUUCCCUAGUAUUUCCAAAGAGUUUCAGCUUUCUAACUAUUGCCAUGAGGAAAAGUUUUUUCCUUUACAGUGGUUGGAAGGAAUUUCCCAGAGACAUCUUUAAGUUCGCAAGUAGUCAGGUUGUUAGAGAUUGGAAAAAGAAGCUAGAAUAGUGUUGGAGAUCUGAUAGAGCGCAGGGUGUGGGUGUCACACUGGGCAGCAGUGCCCUCCUGUGUUCCCCUCUGCUUGUGUACGAUGUAUAGAUGUACUUAUAAUAACUGCUAAUGUCCAUGAUGUGAACAAACACGACUCUGCCUCCGUCUCUGUCUCUGAAGAUCUUAUUUGAGUAUUUGAGUCAUUGGGUUUUUGUAAAUGUGUGUGUCUUGGCUGGCCAGUUGCACCUUCUCACAUUGUUCACCACUGCAUUUGUCACUUUGUACAUCCUAUAAAUACUCCUUUAAAAAAAGUGUCCUCACAGAAAAGGUUUUAAAAAAUGUUGUUAAUGUUAUUAUAACAACAGCAUUUAAAUUUUGACUGACAUGUUUUGGUUGAUUUUUGUACUCGUUGAGGAAUGACCACCUCCAUCAUGAGCAACAGUUUAGUCCACCAACUUCUCAGCAUUGCUUCACUCAGCCUCUGCCUGGGCAGAAAUUUAAUCAAUCAGCAGUAAUAAUUCAAUAGUACAAUGUUCCAGCACAACAUUGAAAAGAUGAAUUUGAUCAAGCAUGUACUAAAGAAGAUGUCCUAUGUGAUAUAAUGCACAAGUUCAGAUGUGGUAAAUGUGUUACUUGCGCUCAUUUCCAGGUUACUCUGUCACCAUGCUGAACGACAGAUCCACAGAGUAUUACGUGGCUGGUGCACCUCGCUCCAACCACUCAGGACAAGUUAUUGUCUACACCGUCAACUCGCGGAAACAGUCAACUAUCAUAGACUCGGAGAGAGGCAAACAGGUACAGCUGAGGGUUUCAUAUUUGCAGCUGUAAUAAACUGAGCAGCAAAAUAAAUUUAGUCAACAAUUUUGUAAACAUUUCUUCUCCCAGAUUGGGUCAUACUUUGGGAGUGUCUUGUGCCCUCUCGAUGUCGACGCUGACGGGGUGACUGACCUGCUGCUGGUUGGAGCUCCUAUGUACAUGAGCGAGCUGAAGAAAGAAGAAGGCAGGGUCUAUCUUUUCUCUGUCACCAAGGUAACAAUGAGCAAAUGAGCAGCAGGGUUUUCUGAUCUGGAUUUCUGGAGUCGGACAGCUUUUACUGAGGUCUGAUUGAACUUUGGUUACUCACUAUCUCUAUCGUAUCAUUUUCAGGGUAUCCUGAAUGAGCAGGGAUACCUUAUGGGUCCACCCCAAACUGAGAACGCUCGCUUCGGGAUGGCUAUCUCUGCCAUUCCAGACCUGGACCUCAAUGGUUAUAAUGAUGUUGUAGUUGGAGCUCCGCUAGAAGACGGAGGAAAAGGCGUCAUCUACAUCUACAGCGGGGAUAAGAAGACAUUAAACAAAAAGUUCUCACAGGUACAAAGAGAAGACCAAAAAUUGUUCCUUCUUAGUUGAUUCUAUGCAUGUAGAGCUUUUGGUCAUUUACCUGUGUUUGUCAUCUUUUCCAGAGAAUCCUUGGCUCCAAACUGGAUCCUCAGUUGCAGUAUUUUGGAAGGUCCUUAGACAGCUACAAAGAUCUGAAUGACGAUACACUCCCUGACAUCUCUGUGGGUGCUUAUGGCAAAGUGGUGCAGCUCUGGUGAGUUAAAUCGUCACAAUAUUAGAGCUCAAAAAUGAUCAAAAUUUUACUGACUGAUAUUUGAGUAAAUUAAAAACAUUAUUUUUGGGCUUCAGGUCCAGAGGUGUCGCAUCUGUCACAACUGAAGCAUCUUUCGCGCCGGAUAAAAUCAACAUUUUCAACAAAGCCUGUAACAUUAAUGGACGCAAGCAAACAUGUUUCAACACCAACCUGUGUUUCACUGCUGCAUUCAGGCCUAAAAAGCCUGUUGGACCCAUCGGUAAAUAUAUCUGAUAUCCAGAGAAUUAGUCAAGUUUUUAGGAAUAGUCCCAUUGCCUACAGAGUAUAUUAAGCCAUAGGUUAACUUAACUAAAGAAACAAUACAGUUAAACAGAUGUGUGACAUGGUUUAAUUACUGUCUCCAAUUCUUUCAGACAUUUCCUACACGUUGACCCUGGAUGCUGACUUGCAGGAUUCACGAGUGACAUCAAGAGGACUGUUCACCAAAAACAACGAACGCUCGCUCACAGAAAAUACACAAAUAUCAACAACGCCACUGUGUUUAGACUACCAGGUUUAUGUUCAGGUAAUAGAUGAAUAUGAAAUUGUUGUUUGUUUCUUCAUGGCUCAGAUGUUUGUCAUCAUCAGAAGGCAUCAAUAACAGCUUUUAUAUGAGCAGCUCUAGAAAUAUUCCUUUGUGAUGUUUUUCUUUUUUCAAACCAGGCUGUAGUGGGUUAAUAAUUUGCUUACAUGUGGUUUCUUCGACAGGACACACCAGACUUUGUCAAUUCACUCAGUUUAAAAGUAGAAAUCGAGCAGCAGAGCGCAGAUGUGAACCCCGUCCUGGAUGUGUUUUCGCCAAGCGCCUGGGAGUUCUUUGUAAGUGAUUGUUACAGCCUAUCAUUAUCUCUGAUUCUGUGUGUGUGUGUGUGUGUGUGUGUGUGUGUGUGUGUGUGUGUGUGUGUGUGUGUGUGUGUGUGUGUGUGUGUGUGUGUGUGUGUGUGUGUGUGUGUGUGUGUGUGCGUGUGCGUGUGUGUUUUCCUUUUCUGAGUUCAUGAUCAUGACAGAUCUACAGGAAACACAAAACUUUUAGACAUGCUUAUUUUGCGGAGGUGUUUGUACAGUCAUUUAAAAUGAUAUGGUGCAAGAUUGUGAUGAUUACCAGCUUUUUAAGAGCCAAGGUGUCUCGCAAGUCACGCAAGUGCUUAGAUUUCCACACAUUGUGUUUACCCAUGAACAAGAUUAAAGUUCAUCCACUGAAGUACGGAUGUAAUGCAUUUCCCUUGUGGUAUAUUUUUUAUGUAUACAAUUGUCGGACAGUAGACACAGCAUCCUGUAGUAAAUGUGAUCCUUUGUUUCUGUCUCAGAACCCCUUCACUAAAGACUGCGGCUCAGACGAGGUGUGUACAAGUGACCUGGUGCUGAGUGUGAAGACAGACACAAAGGCGACCAGGUAAGGAUCACUUACCUGCUUGAAAUGUAAAGUACAUGAUGACAGGUCGUGAUUGACAUCUGAUGAUUGCACAGUAUAUAGCAUCAAGCUGCAGUCAAGACAUGAGAUCUGUUUUUAUUGUUUCAGUUGAUAUAUGAAGGCAUGCUCAGGAAGAUUUACAUAUUUAAAUUCAGAUAAUACAGUUUGUAUAAGGAUGAAUGACUGUAUUUGUCUUUACAAUGAGUCACUAAGGAAUCACGAGGUAAUUAUAAAACCCUAAAAACUCAAUCAGUAUCUCACUUUAAAGCUCCUGUGAGGAGUUUUCAUCUGGUGAUGAAGCAGACUAAAUAUAAUACUUGUGCUUUCAUAUGACUUUUAAAAGUAAACAAUACAAUCAAGGAAGAAAACUGUUUCUAUGUUGAUUCCCUAGUUUUCCUCAAUGCUUGCCAAACAUGGACAAGGACAUUACUGGGAAGUAGGACAGUGAUUGCAAGUAAUGCGUUGCACUUUGGAGUACCCUCCCCUGAGUUUUGGCUGUGAUUUGUUGAAUCCAGUUCCUCUUCUCAAAAGAAGCACACAGUAAAACAAAUGUUGUUGUUUGUAGUUACGACAUUCCAUGGGGCAUGAGGUUUGGUGCCAAACGCUGAUAAAAGGUCCCAAAAUAUGCAGUGUGAGGCCAUCGUUUGUGUUCAUGUUUGUCGUCACAGAAAGCUAGCUGCCAGCCAGCACCCAGGUCACUCUUUUUGUCUCUUUGAUGAAAAGAGGUUAUUUCGUGCUUUGUUUAUAAGAGCUGUUUUUUCUUGUGUUGAUCACACUGGUUGUUGGAUCGAUUCUAAGCCCGGCAUGAUUAAGUGCACGUCAUCCUCCCCUCUCUCCCCACAUUUUCUGUCUCUCACAAGCUGCCCUACCAGGAUGAAAGCAAAAGCCUUAAGAUUAAACUUAAACCUCCUGUAAGGAACUUUUGGUUUGUGACAAUUUUGGCGCCCCCCUGUGGACACAGCAGUCUUUGUUCACUUUGUUCGCUAUUUGGUAACGUCUUGUCUCCCAAUGAAAAAAAAUCUCAUCCUGCUGACUAAUGACAGUCACUUUUACUGUGUAGGGUUGUUUCUCCACCUGCAUGGCUGACACCUCCUCCCUCGCACUCGUGUCAAACAUUUAAAAUUAGGGUAUGAAAAUGUUAAAUCUUGUUGCUGACGGUCUUGUUUGCUUUUGUUUGCAAUAAAAAGGCAUCAAGAUGAAUUUCCGUUUAUUUCAUCAGCAGUAAAAAAAAAAAACUCUUCACAGGAGCUUCAAAGGAUCUUAAGGAUAUUCUGCUUCCGAAUUGUUCAUAACUUAAAGUGCAAAAACAAUAGAGCGCCACAGAGCUAAUAAAAGUGAAUUAUAAAGUAAGUGUGUGAGAUUAAGGUCAAAUGGUCAGAGUCACCAGCUUUGAUGGUAAAUUCUAUGAUACUUGGUGAUACAUUGUGGCACUGGGAUUUAAAGUUCACAUGUGAUACCAGGACUAUGUAAAACCCUUCUCACAGCCCCUGGAGGUUAAAAGUCUUACUCAUCAGCUGAUGCUAACAGACACAUCCUUAAAAAAACUGCUGUAAGGCCAGGAUUAAGCACACACACAGUAUGUAGAUGUGUUCGUGUUUUUAUAACAGAAGGAAGAAUAGUAAAACAACUGGACCAAAUUAAGACAAAUGUUUAAUCCUAUAUUCAGUGUUAUGCUCUGGUAACUCCUAACAACCAUUACACCAUUUUCUAUUCUCCUGCUUUAUGAGCCUUAUUUUAAUUCCAACAAAUUGGAGUUUAUACAGCCCAUAAAGUGUCUGGCUCUAAGCUUAUGAGACUGGAAAAACUUUCAGAGUUCGGGUGUUAUGUUCCCGUUGAAUUAAGUGAGAUGAAAGAAUAUAAACACACUUUUUACAGAGACAAUGCAACACUUUUUUAAAGUACUUUCCCACAUUCAAAGGAAUUUGAUCGUUAACAGCUGCUUUUUACUUUUAGUUUCAUAGACUCGGCUCUCGGCCUCUUUGGUGUUUCUUCAUCAUUUGGAACUUGCUGGUGUUCAUUCCCUCAUAAAUACAGAGUUGUGCAAUCUGAGGUGGAAUUACAUACUCUAGUUUUUAUCAGAUUUCGGUGCUGUACGCCUCUACUGUAUUUAUUGUGUUAAGGAAGGUUGAUAUUUUUCAAACCAUAUUGAAUAAAUCACCCACAGGGCUGAAGAGUUCAAGUGGUGACCCCAUGUGUAGGGGUUACAGUGGUUGCAGGUCAUUCCUCCUGAUAUUUCACGUUUUUCUAUAGCUGUCCUAUAACUACAGGUGUAAAUAGUCCCUAAAUGAACAAACAGAUAAAUAUCUUCAUUUAAUCUUCCACAGCUAUCACUAAGUCUCAUAUUUAAGUGCCUCUACAUCCCUUUCUACUCAACCAUCCUUUUCUAUUCACUCAUGCUGCUUAUUUAACCACUGGCAUGUACAAAUCAAACACAUUUGAACGCAGAGGACAGUAAACUGAGCUCUUGUGUUGCAGCUCGGCUCCUGUUUUGGUCAACGCUAACAACCGAGAGCUGUCGUUCCAAAUUGUUGUGAAGAACAAAAAGGAGAACGCUUACAACACACAAGUUUUGGCCACCUUCUCCAGCAGCCUGUACUACGCCUCUGUCUUUCCUCCUGUGAGUGUGAAAACCUCAAAUUAAAGCUGUUUAUGCUGGCGUGAUGCUAACGUAUAAAGUUUGAUGAUGUGCUUUUUUAAGACUUCAAAAAUACAGCAGGAAAUAUAUCAACUAAAUUGUGGAAGACGUUUAAAUACCUCCUGUACUUUUCUGAAUAAUAAUGGACUAUAAAUUUAAAGACAGAGGGAGUCAAGUGCACGUCGACACAGGCACAAACUGUCACCUGCCAGGUGGGAUACCCAGCUUUGAAAAAGAACCAGGAGGUAAGUGUGAAGAAAAAAAAAACAAUGCUUGCUUAUGCCUUUGCAGUUUAAAAGUACUUGUUGUCUAGUUGUACCAAGUAAUGCAAAACAAAAUGUCUUUUCAAUCACAGAUGAAGUUUCAGAUGAAUUUUGAAUACAACCUUGAUCAGCCGCAAAAGCAAGUAGCGGUGAAAUUCGAGGCCAAGAGGUACAUUUAGAAACGUACAACUGGAUCAUGAUUUUGUUUUCAAUGGUAAUGAUGAUGAUAAUGAUAAUGCCCCUGACAUCUUUACUUUGCAGUGAUGGCAAAGAGGAAAAACCCGCAGACAACAAAGUGGACAUAACUCUCCCAGUUCGAUAUGAUACAGGAGUUGUCCUGUCAAGGUGAUUUCACUUGUUUUUUAACUUAAUAUUGAUUUUCCUUAUUUGAGCCCUGCAGUGUCACUUUGUUUGUCAUUGAUGGAAAUUUUUCAAAGUUAUAACUUUUCUGGUGUCUCCCUCUCAGGGUGUCAAAUAUCAACUUCUUUGUAGCAGAUGCUUCCGUUCCCGUGGUGACAAUGGUGAAAAAUCUCAAUGACAUCGGCCCAGAGUUCAACUUCACAGUGAAGGUGCAACAAAUAAAUUGACCUUUAAGUUUUCAUCAUCUCAUUUCCCACGUUAUUGAUCUAUAAUAAUCUGUUGAAAUACAUUGUACUGAAAGGUUUCUACAGGAAACUUCCCCGUCAGCCUCCUGUAUCUGACCAUCGCUCUGCCUAUGACGACUAAUGGGGGGAAUCCAAUCCUCUAUGUAACCAACGUGAACACAGUGAGUACUCAGUCAGCAAGUACCAGCACUUCUUUUAAGAGUUAAUUAACACCCAGUUGGGGGUUUUAAAUUUGUCUUUAUCUCCAACUUUUAUUGUGGGAAAAUCAAGCAAGCUAAUUUUCCUCAUCUCGAUCUUUUUCACUUGCAGGGAGAUUCCAUCAGCUGUGACUCCAGCAGCCUGGUCGAUCCCCUUAAAAUCGGCGUGAAGACUCACCAAGCCUCUUUCUCUGAGGAGAGUCUCAGAGGUCUUGAGAAACUGGUAAGUCAGUCUUUUCUUCGCAUAUUCCUCUUUUUUUUUACAUGUGGAAAUGACUCGGGAGACAUCUGUGCAUGUACUAUUUGUAGAAGAGGAACCAGACGUAUCAUUUUUGACCCAUAAUGUCAGACAAUACUGCCUCCUAUUUAUUCUUAUCAUAAAUGUGAGGUUUGGUGUAACAUAAAGGUAAAUCUGACUAUAAUAAUGCAUUAAUUACACAUUUAGAAGGCCUUAUAAAUACCUCUAUAAGGCACUAUAUUACCUUAAUGCAAAAUAUAAUCAAAAAGGAAUAUUAUUGUUGUGAAGUAUUUUUGAAAAAGCUCUUAUACAUGUGUUAUAGGAUCAUAUAAUUGUUAAUGACCUCAUAUUGUGCUGUCACUUUACUUAAGGCUUUUGUAUGUUGUGACACAUAGAGUAAAUUCUUUAUAACCGGCUUAAGUUGUGAGACUUUUUAUGUGUUUUUAAGAGGUUAUUUAAUUUAAAGUGUGAACCAUCUAUAUAGAUUUUUUUUAAAUUAUUGUUACUCUUAAGGAAAAAAGGUACAAAAACAUUCAUUAAAUUAUGAUCAAAUCUCUCUGAAUUUCUGAAUCACUCAAAGUUAGCUAAUACCUUUGACUGAAUCUACAUGAUCUAUGUUACAAGUGAAGUAGAGUAAGUGGAAGUUUUUUGUUGUUGUUUUUUUUUAAUUUUCAGAUUUUCUUUUGUUAAUGAUUUUAAUUCAUCCACAGGACUGCAAGAGUGCCAAAUGUCAGUUAAUCAAAUGCCUUCUCAAAGACGCAGAGCUUAAGACUGACUACUUGGUGAAAAUUAAGACCAGGAUCUGGAGUGGCACUUUUACUUCGGUAAGUAUGCGCCUUUUUUUCACUCCUAGCUCUGCCUGUAAUACCAUUUAUUUGUGAUGCUUGCACUGCUCUUAACCUCUUAACUGUAUAAUUGUGUCCUAACAGGCGACCUAUCAGUCAGUUGAACUAAUAUCCAACAUUGAUGUUGAGACCUCCAACCCUGAACUGUUUGUUAUUGGCCUCAAAGAGCUUCCAGUAAGAUCACACUUCAGUAUCUUUUCAUACACCUGAUUAAAAAUGUAAAAAUACAUAAAAAUUAAAACCAACCUUCAGUCAGAGCGUAGUGGACUCCAGAUCAUGUCUUAACCCCGUCUGUCCUCCUGCCGUCUAGGUGGUGCUGACUAUCAGUAAACCUGGAGAGGUAGGGGAAGUUCCUGUCGGAGUAAUAGCCGGCAGUGUCAUUGCUGGACUGCUGCUGUUGGCUCUGGCUGUCGGACUGCUGUGGAAGGUACGUCUUAGCCGACACCAGUCUGAGCUAAAAUAUGAAUUUAAACUUGAAAUCUGAAUCAUGUCUGAACUUUAUUUUUUUAUUUUCCAGUUUGGGUUUUUCAAAAGAAAAUACCAGCAGUUGCUAAAAGAUGGCGAUGAAGACACAGUGAGUCGUGCAAAUGUGGAUGAAGUGCUGUAAACAGACUGAGGAGACAAACUGCAGCCUUCACUCGUCACUGGACUGUUUUUAAGGUGGAUCCUGGUACUCGGUGUAAAGAGGAAUGGACUACAGCUCAAUCACUGAAAGUUGGGCAUUUUUGGAAAAAAAAAGGAAGCUUUUAUUUUGUGGAUAAUUGGGGAAUGAUUUUCAUUUUAUGGACAAUCGUUUUUACUUCUGAGCUUUGUGGACUGUAUGAUGACUGUGUGGUUUAAUGCACUGAAUUUGAAUGCAAAAUUUCACCCAACAGAAGACCACCAGACUCGGUGGGUUUAGCUCUCGGAUGAAUUGGAUGAAGCGUUGUCAUCCUGACUUUGACACUGUAUUAGUAUCUUGGUUGAAUCAUACUUCAGCUUUAGUUCUGCCAGAUUUUAGAUAAGAUAGUCGACAUUUAUGAGUGUGAGUUAGGAACAAUGAACUUUUGAACAGUCAUGCUGUAGCCAGACACUCUCCAGGUUAAACUACCUUGAGAUCCACUGUAAUUGUCUGCACUCAGGGCUCCUCUGGCAUUAAGACUGUUGAUUUCUGUGGUUUAAACUCUGUUUGUACUGUACAUACUGUAAGAUAAAAUGUUUAUCUUUCAUGUGCCUUUUGUAUGUAAAAAAUUGAUGUUUGAAUCAGUUGAGUA